GGGAUUCGUAAUUUCCUUCUUCUGUGUCGGCCAUAUUUUAAAUCGCUGGUGUGUUGGACUUUCUGCUUUCGGAUGACGUUCAUGACGUUGUCUCAGAGAAUAGAAUUAGAGCGCGGCAAAAAGGUUCCUAAUGAGAUAAGGGAAUUGAACUUAGACCAUUCGAAGUCUACUUCCAUCGAUGGUCUUACCGAAGAAUACACUAAUUUGGAGACCCUCAGCCUCGUUAGCGUUGGAUUGGAGUGUUUGGCAGGACUUCCUAAGCUACCAUCGUUAAAGACGCUGACUUUGUCGAAUAACGCUAUCAAAGGAGGCCUUGAUGCGAUACUUAACUGCCCCAACUUAGAGCAACUCAACCUGAGCGGUAACAAAAUCGAGUCAGUUGACGCGCUUUUGCCGCUGGCGAAGUUAUCAUCACUGCGUAGUCUGGAUCUUUUUAAUUGCGAUGUCGCUGGCUCUGAGAACUACAGAAAGGCAGUAUUUGCGGCGCUACCUAACCUUAAGUACCUGGAUGGCUACGAUGAAAGCAUGGAGUCAGAGCCAGAGUCCGAAGAUCACGGUGGGUUACCCAACGGAGACGCUACGGAGGAAAACGGCACUGGCGAGGGUGGCGCAGAUGGCGAGGACUCUGGCGAUGAUUAUGAGGAAGAUGAAGAAGAGGACGAGGAAGAAGAAUAUGGCAUCGAAGCCUUACAGCGAAGCGAAGAACUCGAGGAUGAUGAUGAUGAGGAAGAUUAUGCGCCAGGUGAAGACGAGGAGGCCGAACUGGAUGAAUAUGACGACCUAGACGAGGAAGAGGAAGAUGACAUCGAGGAGGAUACCGGCGCCAAUCUUUCUGGAGCCGGAGUCACUGGCCCUCGUCGGCCUGCGAGCAAGCGCCGUCGGGAAGAUGAAGUUGACAACGCAUCGGAUGGUGCCCCGGUCACAAAACACCAUGUUGGGGAGAUAGAAAACUCAGGGGACGCAGAGGAACCAGCUGAUUAGUGUUCCUUUGUUUAUUCGACUGUUUCUGUUGGCACAGGUUGCUUUUGUAUAUGUCUGCUUGGGCGCAUUUUUGCCCUCAUGGUAAUUUGUGCUACAUGACUUCGUACUAUUUCCGUGCUGAUCCUUAUGUACAUAGCAGUUUUUCUAAGAAGUCAAGUUUGUCACCGCGUUACGUCAAAUGCAUUUACUCGAUUACCUUAAGCUAUUCCAUCGCAUCCAUCUUCACAUAUUCGAUCAUUCAUCGUGUCCCACUCUUCGAUUUAUGUGACGCAUCCAUGCGUCAUCUUUCCUUGAGGAUCAUUAUGUUUCAAAUUAGCUGUCUUAUUGAGUCAAGCCUUUUUCUUCGUUUACUUGGCCUCCUUUAACUGCGCCGCGGAACAGACUUGCCACUGUCGAUGUAGAUAGUUUGGGUGGCUACACGUAGUUGAUUCGGCGCACUGAGCGUUGUUCUCACUUUCUCUAUACAGUCUUUUAUGUUCCAAUUAUCCUACGGUUACGGCUGCUCGGUUGUGAUCAUCUGUGCCGGACAGUCGGAUCAUCAAUUUCCAUCCACCUUUCGUUCUGCCAUUGGCCCUUAACUUUCAAAGUUCAGAUACUGGUACUUUUCUCCAUCUCGCGUUGCUUUUUUGGCAGUUGCUGGACAUUAGCAUCAAGAACCGUUAAACUGGUCCUUCGCUUUCAACCUUUCUAGGUUCACUGAGUGUGUGCACCUUGUUGGGAAUGUUUUGGCCCAAUCCUUUGAGCUGGCGCCACUUUGUAACCGGUAACUCCAUCUGUUUGGUUCUCAUUGGUAGGUUUGGUCUUACCGUGUACCUUAAGAGUUUCCGUGUUUUUGAGCAGUGUGUGACGUUCGUUGUGAUCUACAAUGUUCCUGUUAGUGCCGUAGCCUCACAUUAGUCCGCAACAGCUGACGUCGCUUGCUGUGGACCAUCAUUAAGUCCAGCUUUGGCUCUCGGUUUCACGUGCGUGCGGUUUUUAAUUGUCUUGUGACCAGCGUCUCCCUUCCCUGGUGCUGUUUUGUUAUUCACUUAUUAGUUUCGCCAAGUACCCGCUAUUUUCACCUCUUUCGCUAUUUUACCAUAGUACAACACGUAACU